AUCGUCUCAACGAGCACCACCAUGGUACCAACAGGACGGGCCUAAUCGACCACAUGAUGCCCCACUACAACCAUAUCCUCAUGGUAUUUACCAAGCCCCAAUGCCACAUGGACACAUCCGGGAAUGGCAGAAAGACGGACAAACCGGAGGGAACCAAUCCAACAAACUAAUGACGGAUGUUACCCGUUGUCUAAGUGACGUCGCGAAAGCAUUUAAUCAGCUAAACGCACCUCCUCAAGCACCUGUUGCACGUAACCGCCGUACCGCCGAUGGGAGACCAAUAUGUAAUUACUGCCACAAAGCAGGACACCUGGCAAUAAACUGCAACAAAAGGAAUCAACAAGCUUUGUCUAAUCGAGGUGAAGGCUCUGGACGAGUAGCUGCCAUCACUGACUCACCUGAGAAUGAAGACGAAGCAGUUGCAUGUAUAGGAGGAGAAACGGACACCCUGUCAAGCCAGCAACCACGCGACUUCCCGGAAAUAGGGCUCCCAACAAACACAGAGACGGAAAACACAGGGGAGGCAAUGUGUGCAGUUGAUCACAUUUCAGUCACACCUGACCUCUUCGCACCGUAAAGCUGUUAGUGGACACU